AACUGUUCAAGAGAAAUAGCGUACGGAAAAAGUGUCACAGCUCGAGUCAUGAAUGCUGAGAACCUAAAAGCUGCGCCAGAGCAGCUGCCUACAGUGACUAUUGACACCUGUAAGACGUGCACUGAAAUGUUUGAACUUCUGAAAGAUCUUAUGUCAGAUCCUGGAGUUCAGGGGAUGGUUAAGCACGACCUGGGUUUAAUGUGUGAGGCGCUGCGUAAAGGUUUUGGUCCUGCAUCAGAGAAAAUCUGCAAGGAUAUGGUGGACAAAAACCUGCCUUUGGCCUUCUCUAUCUUCGACAGUGUAUUGAAACCAGGUGUGCUCUGCUCUGCACUGGGGCUCUGCGUUGUCGAGGUAGAAAACGAGUUGCAAGGUCUGAUGGCCAAACUUCAGACAGCUCUCAAAUCUCCAGCUCUAGGGGUCAAGUCUGACCUUCAGUGUAAGUUCUGUGUCUAUCUGAUUGAGCUCCUGGAGGGACUCCUGCCUAAAGAGAAGACUGAGGAGGCUAUUGCCCACAUGCUGGACCAGGUGUGUCACCUCGUGCCCGCGGCAUACAGGGACCAGUGUGUGGCCUUCAUCGAGCUGUACAGUAAGAAACUGAUUGAGCUUCUCCUGAAUAAAUCCAGCCCCCACACCAUCUGCACCCUCACCCAUCUCUGCAAGGGCAUGGAGACAGCAAUCACUGGUGCUCACAUGAGUGGCUAUGGUUGCGCCAUGAGCAGUUAUCGGUGCCAGAACCUUCUGACUGCUAUGGAGUGUGGGGCAGUGGAAUACUGUCAGAAAUAUGCCUGGUUGUAAAAUCUCUGUGCAUGCACGGAUUAGGAGAAGACAGGCCUUAGAGGACUGCACCUCAGCUUUCUGUAGUUUCCUUUUCUUGGCUGUGGUCACCAUGUGUCAAUGUCAGUGAUAGCAGCUCUGUACACAAGCCCAUGGUGACCAUAGCAACCUACAGACACACACCUACACAAAUGGGACUGAUAUCAUCAGAUUGCUUUGUCACAGUCUGUCGUUUUUAAUGUGUGAAAAGCAUGCUUUUGGUUCAAGAUUUCUGUGUAGUGAGAUACCAGUGAAACUUGUAAAGCCAUUCAAUUUUAAACACUGUUUAAAUACACAUAUAACCUUGAAACCAGAACAUUGCAACAUAUUGUUUUUAAAGUCUUUAAAUAAGAUCACACCUAAUGGCUGUGUCAGUGUUAGUCAUGGACGCCAACCAGUCCACAAGUUAUGUUUAGCAAAUCAAAGCCAUUCUAAUUCCCUGAAGUCCUUGAAUGCAAAUGUUCACAUACAUUUUACUUAUAAGAACAGCAUAUAAAACUGAGAACCCCACAGGCUUUCUUACGUUUUCUAUACAUGUCACACACACAUCAUGUGUGUGUGAUUAACUCUGUCUUUUCCUCUCCACUAUUGCCGUCAUUUUUUAUUGGUCAAUCAUACUUAAGGAUUUGAUUUGUACUUCGAAUGAUCUGUCCUAAUAAAUAUUUUUCAAAUAAAGAUAUGAGUUGUUUAUGAAUGCCUAAAAUAAAGUGUUCCUUUAUUUGCGAUUAA